AUGUCGGCGGCGCUUUUCGGCUUGUUGCUUGGCAGCUCUGCUGCGGCGCUCCGCUUCUCUCCGCCUGCUUCCCCCCCCCCCGCCGCCGCCCACCCCGCCGCCAGAGCCUCGCCGCCGGUCGCUGGUUUCUGGAGCCGGAUUCGCGGGCGAUCGACCCGAACGGCGCCUCCGCCUUCGCCUUCGCCGCCUGCCGCGACUCCGUCUACCGCGGUGCUCAACCCGCCCACGCCUGGCCUCACGCACCUCGAGGACGAGGCCGCGUAUCGCGCCAAACUUGCGCAGGCAGAAAGUGAGAGCCGCGUCGUGUGCAUCAAGUUUUAUGCGUCGUGGUGCAGAGCGUGCAAAGCGAUGGCGCCAAAGUACAAGCGCGUGGCCGACGACUGGCCCGAGAUUGAGUUUUGCGAGGUGCUGUUCGACACCAACAAGGCGCUGUGCAAGGGCCUCGGCAUAAAGGUCCUCCCAUACAUAGAGGUUGUGGCGGGCUCGGCUGGAAAGGCAUCGACCGACCUCCACCCCGCCGGCCCUGUCCCACCCCACCCUGUCCCAUCCCGCCGGCCCUGUUCCGCAGGUGGAGGGCUUCUCCUGCGGGCCGAGCAAGAUCAGCUCGCUCAUGGAGAAGCUCGAGGUGCACUCUGGCUGCGAGGAGAUUCCGUGCACGAGCGUGGCAGACCAGCUUGAUAUGAUCGAGCGACUGUGACCACCCUUUCUGUCCACUCGCACCAUGUGAGUGAGAGUGACUCGACUCUCUGUGCGAGGUGUUUGCUUCCCCGCCGGAUUGCAGGCAGGAAGGCUCACUCUGCAAUGGUCGUCGCGCUAUCCGCUAGAGCAGCUUCGAAGGGCAAGGGGGGUGUGGGCGCGUGUGGGCGCGGGGCCUGAGAGAGGACACGUACUCGUACAUAUGUGUAACGCAGAACGAGAUCGCACAUUG